GAUAUUCCCAUUUUAUCCUCACACUUCCUUUUAUUUUAAAAAAAACCAAUGUAUAUACGGUUCAUAACUCUCAUUUCUUUCUUUCUUUCUGAAGCAACCAAAUCCUGUGUUUCUUCUCCCUGCCUUCUUGCCCAUCUUCUUCCAAAAUAGACCAAAAAAUCCCCACCUUCAGUCAACGGUGUGAUGAAUGAUGAUUGUUGGUUGGUAGUGUGAGUUGAUGAUAGUUUUAACUGAAAAUCCCUUCUCGUUCCUUGUAUUCUUGUAGAUCUGGGCCAUGUGAUGAUCAUCGACAACCGCCAAGGACCGCCCAAACCACUGCGAUAAUCCUCGUCUUCUCCUCGAAAAUCCCUAAUUGUUGUUAGUUACCGUGAAACCGCGAUGAGCUUGACGAUUCAUUGCUACCAGAUCUGCAAAGCCACUAGUAAGGGUUUAUCGGUGAAGCAAACUAAUGGCCCCAAAAGGUAUGGAUUCGACCAGCUCACUGUUCCCUUUGUGUAAUACAAAUUUAUAGUUGAUCCCUUUAUACUAUAAUGGAUGCAGCUGAAAUUCUCUUUUGCUUCAUUAUGUAUACUGUUGUCCUUGUAGUCAUUCGAUAUUGUAGAACUGGAAAUGGGUCUUGAGAACGGAUUUUAUUACCUGUUUCAUUUGUAGUCAUUGAGCUAUUGUUUGUUUAUUUUAAUUCAGUUUGAGAUCUUGGUAUUUUUUUUUUUUUUUAAGAUGUAAUAUGAAUUUGGAUUCAUUUGACUGUGUUUCAGGGCUAAAAAUUGAUGUAAAAAGAUAAAAUCAGGAAACUACUGCUCUUGUCCUAAUUGAAGAUGCAUUGGUAGAUAGGAUGUAUUCAUGUUUUAAUGUUAAAGUUUAUUUGAUUUUUUAUUGUAACCUCAAAACUCUGUAAUGAUAUUGUCUGAAUAUAUAAUCUAUUUCCUGGGCAUUGUAAAAGAGUUACCUAGUUGUUAACUAGGAUUUAUUUGAUUAAUCUCAUGGGAUGUUAAAUGGUGCUUUGUUGAUUUUUUGGGGUUGAGGGGUGGAGCAAAUAAUAAUCUUCUAAUUGUGUUCGUUUCGUGUGACUUGUCGAAGUGAUGUAUUUAAGGGUUUUGUAUUUUCCAUUUGAAUUUCAUUUUAUUAAUUUGUUACAUUUAGUUCUGGAAUAAAACAUUGAUUUUUUUAAAAAUAUAUGUUGUUAUUUUAGGUUCACCAUUUUGUUGAGCUCUUCCUCACAUCCCAAUCAUAGUUUGCAGCUUCAAAACUUUUCAAAUUAUGAAGACCAUAUUUAAGGAUUUAAUUUCAUCAUUUGUAAUAGGAUUCAAUAGUUUAUUCUCUUUAAAGAGAGAAAUAAUGUUUUAUUUAAAAGAAAAUGUUCUUUUCAUU